GGCCCUGGAACGUCAGGGAGGUGCCUGCAUCCUGCCAGAGAGCCGGGGAGGGAGAGGGACAGGAGAGCCAGGGACGGGGAAAGGCAGAGGCGGAGAGGUUGGGGCAGAGGCUGGGCCUCCACUCAACCACCCAGGAGCCCCCGUCACUGCCCAGGGCCCGCCUGCAGCUCCGAUGAGCUCCACCAUGGCUGCAGCUGCACCUGCAGCUGUGGCUGCCUCCAGGAAGGAGUCUCCUGGCAGGUGGGGCCUGGGGGAGGAUCCGACAGGCUCGGGGCCCUCGCUGCAGUGCCGUGUGUGCGGGGACAGCAGCAGCGGGAAGCACUACGGCAUCUACGCCUGCAACGGCUGCAGCGGCUUCUUCAAGAGGAGCGUGAGGCGGAGGCUCAUCUACAGGUGCCAGGUGGGGGCUGGGAUGUGCCCAGUGGACAAGGCUCAUCGCAACCAGUGCCAGGCCUGCCGGCUGAAGAAGUGUCUGCAGGCGGGCAUGAACCAGGACGCCGUGCAGAAUGAGCGCCAGCCACGCAGCACGGCCCAGGUCCGCCUGGACAGCAUGGAGGCGGACAGCGAGGCUCGACCGGAGUCUCUGGCCGCACCCCCGGGGCCGGCGGGUCCCAGCCCCCGGGGCCACCCACCCUCUGCCGCCAGAGCCCUGGGCCACCACUUCAUGGCAAGCCUCAUCACGGCCGAGGCGUGUGCCAAGCUGGAGCCGGAGGACGCUGAUGAGAACAUUGACGUCACCAGCAAUGACCCGGAGUUCCCCGCUUCCCCCUGCGGCCUGGACAGCAUCCACGAGACGUCAGCACGCCUGCUGUUCAUGGCCGUUAAGUGGGCCAAGAACCUGCCCGUGUUUUCCAACCUGCCCUUCCGCGAUCAGGUGAUCCUUCUGGAGGAGGCCUGGAGUGAGCUCUUCCUGCUCGGGGCCAUACAGUGGUCCCUGCCGCUGGACAGCUGCCCACUGCUGACCCCGCCCGAGGCCCCUGCCAGCGGCAGCGCUCAGGGCCGGCUCGUGCUGGCCAGCGUGGAGACGCGGUCUAUUAAGACAACAAUCGAUGAAUUCCCCUCCUCGUCGGUGGAGCCAAGGAGCUUCUCUUGCGUGCAUUCCCUGGUGCUCUUCAAACCAGAGGCGCGGGGCCUGAAGGACCCUGAGCACGUGGAGGCGCUGCAGGACCAGGCGCAGGUGAUGCUGGGUCAGCACAGCAAAGCGCACCACCCCAGCCAGCCUGUGAGGUUUGGGAAGCUGCUGCUCCUCCUGCCGUCCCUGCGGUUCCUCACUUCUGAGCGCGUGGAGCUCCUCUUCUUCCGCAAGACCAUAGGCAACACCCCCAUGGAGAAGCUCCUCUGUGACAUGUUCAAGAACUAGCCGGAGGCUCGGGGACGUCCCAGCCACCCUUUCACCGAGCAAGUCCCCUCAGAGGCCCGCACACCCCGCAGAAGCAUCCGCGCAGAUACCGCGAGGAUAUUCCCAUCAGCCCCUGGGCGCACCCUGGGAGAGCGGACACGUGCACCGCUGUAGACUCAGGAUAACACUUGGUACCCGGACACACCUCACAGGCAGAAAAGUCGAAUGCAGGGGGCCAGUGCCCCCAAAUCCCAGAACAAGAGCUGAGAGUGGCGGCCGUGCGCAUCACGGUCCCCUUUAUCUCCCCCACCCCAUGUGGGCGGUGGGCCCACAGAUAUCCUCAUACAGACGCCCAGUGAGCCAUG